AGGAGCUGCUGUGAGCUACUGAUACAUACAAGUUGUACAAUCUUCUGCAAGCAAAGUGACAAUGUUGUAUCCUCUGUUUUUGCUGCUGAUCUUUCUUUCUAAGUCGAAUCUGUCAAAAAGUGAGGCUGAUAUGAGGAGCGCUGUCAUUUCUGCUCUAGAGAAGGCAACUUAUUUCAUGGAGAAUACAUACAGGGAUAUCAAUUUAGAUGCAGUGGUGGGAUUUCGUAUUUUGCAAGCUCAUUUGAAAGGAGCCCUGGAGGAACGGGCCUCAGAACAUGAAUUACUCUCUCAGCAGGCACGAGCAGAAAGCCUGGUGAGGAAGCUGUCUUCUUUAAUUGAAAAAGCGAUGCAUUCUCUUGAGCAGAAUGACCUGGAAUACUUCAAAGAAUUUGAGCCAAUUUUAGGACCAGACUUUUGGAUACUUCCUCAUUCUUGGAACCAGACAGACUCAACACUUGCCUAUCCUGAAUUUGGUGACCCUGAUUGUUUUAAUGAGGAAAUAAGUGAUUCAUGCUUUACAUAUUUGCUAGGAACUUGGAAAGAUAACGGCAAGCCCUGCAUUGUAACCAAUGCCUGCAGGAACAUCAUGACAAAAUUUGGCUGCUCAGAUUACUCCCUGUCACAUCAGCUUUUCUACUUCAUGUUUGCAGAUAUGAAAGGAUGCUCCAAUCAUCUGUUCCUGAGAGCCCAAUAUUACAAGAAUAUUUUCUGUGCUAGCAUGAUGAAAAUAAACAUGGAGAUCGAAAGCAAUGGAUUCAAAUAUUUCUCUCAAGACCUUUUCAUGGAAAAUAUUAUGUUCUGUGGUAUGUCUGGAUUCUCUGACUUCUACAAACCCCACUGGCUGGAGGCCAUUCUUUCGUGGCAGAGACCUGAAGAGGGGUGCUUUGGGAAGCCCAGUAAUGAUUUUGCACAUUCCAGAGGUACAGACCAAAACCAGCUGCUGAGAAGAGUUAAGAGAAGAGAGAAGAUGUUGGCAGAUGGAUGUUCCUCCCAUAAUACAGCUGUUGCAGUUGGAGCACUUGGAGGAUUCCUUUACUACUACUGAAAAUGCCAUUGUGUUCCAGAUGAUCAGCUUGAAACUGCACAUACCAGACUCUCAUUGAUGGGUUAGCCGUGGAAUGCCACCUCCAAUUCUACCAUGAAAAGGGGCCAUUUCUUAAGUCAUAAUCUUCCCUUUCAGUAUAUGGAGCAGCCCCACCAGAGGAACCAAUUUUAACCAAGUGCUACUAGUGCUAGUUAGUAGCCCAGUGGUGCUUUCAAAGCAUCAGGGGGUUGGUAGAUAUUUCAGUAGAUUGAAUUCCAGUGUAGUACUCCCACCACUACCACUGGACACAUUUUUUUUCUAAUUGCAUUGACUUCAAAAGUAGCACCGUCAACUGCAGUGGAGUUUAAUUCAUUUCUAUUUGUCCUGGGUAUUUCUAAGGUCUCAUACCUUGUUAUCUCAGGGCCUGACCCUACCUUUUGUUGAGCAUCUUCAGUCCUAUUGAAAUCUAUGGGGCUGUAAUGCCUUCAUGGAAUAAUUUAGUCAUUUAGACCUAUUUUGGUGGACUGACUAUGGACUGAGUAAGAUGCAUCACACAGUAAAGAAAUUAGAUAAUUUUACUUCAGGUGGUGGUGAUACAAUUCUCCAGAUCCCAGGCCUGUAUAAUCAGUAGGUUCCCAUUCUCUAAUCCUAUGGUUAUGGUUUAAGAUUUUUUGUAUUUGUUGUUUUACCAAUAUUAUAGAGAAAGACAUUAGAUAUUAUUCCUCUGUAGUUUGAUUCUUCAUGUUCCCUGUUGCUGAGUACAUAAAAACAAUGAAACUGCUGUUGGCUCUAUCAGUAUAUCAAAUGGUAAAUUAUUUACUUGGCUUAAUAAUACAGGUAAGUUGCUUCUUGUAUUUAUUUCCUUGUCUGUAUUGAAAUGGCAUUAUGUUACGUGGUUAAGUAAAUGACUCACUGGGUCCUGUCAACUAUCAGGCCAAACUAUGUCAUAUGCAUAUCAUAUGUCUGCAUCGUCUAGCCAGCUACUAAAUUAUUUGUUAGUUUCAUAGAAGUUGCAUGCAAUGUUAAUAAACAUGGACCUAAUGUGUAAUGACUUGAGGCUUAGUACUUGCAUAGUACUUUACAU